AUGAAGCCGCCCAAGAGGUCGCCCUUCCUUCACUCGAGGCAGGCCGAACUGCUCGAGAUCUUUCGCCAUCUCUACCCCGACUCGCAAGCGCACUUCUCCGCAAAAGACCGUCACGAUGCCCUCUCCACCGUCCAGCUCUGGAUCAAUCGAUCCGCAUGCCCGUUUGCUGUCGAGACCACCGCGCUCCUCGUACAAAGCGUCAUCCUCGACGAGCACAUGCAGCAGAUCGCAGCCUCCAGCAUCGGCUCUGACUCCGCAUCCACUUCAUCCCCACGAUAUGCGCUCGAGCAGCUCGGCGGCGGCGCAGAACUCGGAGUGAGGCUCAACUACAGUCUCGCGCUGACCCGCUUCGUCAACAGUGUGGUCGAUUCGCAUCAGACGGGCGGGUUCGCGCAGUCGAUCGGAGCCAUCGCCGCCCGCAUCGGACUACCGCAGUGGUUCGUCGAGAUUCGACACGCCGUCACGCACGAAGAGCUGCCUAGCAUCAACGUGUGUCGGCAAGCAGCAGGGCUGGCACUCGCAUGGCUCCGACGACACUUCUGGAUCCCGCAGCUGUUCGAAGGACCAAACGCCAUCCGCUUCGGCAACGACGAAGGCGAAGCUAUGGAUGUCGACGCAGAAGCCUCCACCAGCCAGGUCACGACCAAAGAAUCCGAGGCAGAGAAGACCCGCAAGAAGGAUCGUCGCAAAGCACUCCAGGACCUGCGUCAGACACUGUCCGACUAUCGCACCCUCGCCAAGCAGGUCACACGCGACCGCAGUCUCGCCAAGAAGUCCAAAGACCAAUUCAGCCGGCUGUACAAGCAAUUCUCCGGCUUCGUGUACCGUAUGAGAACGCUCGACCCGAGCUUUGGCGCCCAGCUCAUCGAUAGCGCACACAAGAAGGGUAAGGAUGAGGAGAUUGAUGUACGGGGUGCGGCGGUGAUGGACCCCGACGACGUAGAUGAGUGUACCCGGGCAGCGCUGGGUGCAUUGGUGAAUCAGCUGGUGAAGCCGGGAGGAAUGGUUCCGCUGGGCAGGUCGAAGCGCGUUCAGGUCGAGGAUGAGGUGGUGCUUCCGGGCGAGCUGGCAAGCUUGUGGAUGCCGUUGCUGGGGUACAUGCGCGAUACAUAUGGGCCAAUCUUUGGCCAGAUUCUCGCGGAGGAACUCGUCGAAGGUGCUGUGCGCGAGAUGGAGCCCGUCGACGAUGCGUCUGACACAUUGAUGCAGGUAGACGCCGGAGUGGAAGCCCCCGCCGACGCCGACUCCGACCCGCACAACCAAGCAUGGAAGACAAUCGCAUACACCGAUCCGACCUACCGCGAAACAGCCGAUGCCUGGUUGCGCCACCUCGUCGCGCACGCACCUCCCACCUCCCAUGCAUCCACCAGCCGCGGCACAACGACGCUCAUCACCGACGCCGAAGUCGCCGAGCUAUGUCUACCGCUCCGCUUCCCCGCAUCGACAUCGAUCCUCGAGUUCCUGUGCGAGCGCAACGUCGAGCUGAAAACGCGCAUCGGACCGCUGGUGGACGUGCUCAAAGUGUCCGCCUUUGUGACCGCAACUUCAUCCGAUGACGAAGAUGUGCAGACGCCGAUGCAGGACGAGUCAGGGUUCGAGUCGCAGCUGGAGGUCAUGCAGAGGAGGUUAGUUGAGAUGGAGGGGCUGGAGUGGGGUGAGAACAGCGGUGACAGCGGUCAGAGGAGCUACGAUACUGCUCAGAAUGAGACCAUAGAUGCGGUCGAAGGCGCUGCAAUGGUUGAUGUAGCAGCGAAAAAGAUGCCAACGGGCUGGUCCAUGGCGCCGGCCGACUGGAAACCUACCCCUUUCGGCUGUCUCAGUGGCAAGAUCCCCAAUCUUGUUGUAUGA